UGCUCUGCGCCGACGGUGAGAGCCUCGUUCCGCAGAUAGCGUUCGUCACCCGUCGUGGUCACCGGGCCACCCGAGUCUGGAGUGGUUGCGAACCCUUCUGGCUGCAGAUUCGGAGGUGGAGGCAGUAUCCCGGACUCUAUCCUGCCGCCCCUUCAGGGUUUGGAGGAGCCGGAGGCGCGGAAUUCCUCCAGUUCCAAGGCGGCGGGACGGGACAGAACUAAUCUGCCUUAACUCUCUCCUGCUGCAGACCCGGGGCGGUUGCCUGACCCUAACCUGUGUGUUGGUGAGGGGGUGGAGAUGGUGAAUCCCGUGGCUGUGGGAGGGAAGGAGCCUCAGCUCCGAGAAUGGCAGGCAGCCCUGGUGCCUCGGACCCGCCCCCUCUGGGUUUGGGGACUGCUGGGAGAACGCUUUCUUCUCUGUGCUCUCUCUUCUAGCAUCCCUUACGUCCUGUCACCUCCAGCGAGGCACACAAAACUGACCGUAGGGAUGGCCACCAGGGUCCGAACAGCUUCUAUUUGGGUCCCCCCUCUCCAAGAACGAAACAGUUCAUGGGAUAGGAUGAGAAAGCUCCAAGGUCAGGAAUCUGUCUUGGGCCAAGGGACUCUUGGCCUGCAACACCUCCCUGGAGCACCCAGGCGGAAGCGGAAGAGUCGCAGAACAGAGAAAGUCCUAGAGUGGCUAUUUAUUUCCCAAGAGCAGCCAAAAAUCACCACGUCCUGGGGACCAUUGUCAUUCAUGGAUGUGUUUGUGGAUUUUACCUGGGAGGAGUGGCAGCUGCUAGACUCAGCACAGAAGUGCCUGUACAGGAAUGUGAUGUUGGAGAACUAUAGCAACCUGGUGUCCCUAGGGUAUCAACACACCAAACCUGAUAUCAUCUUCAAGUUGGAACAAGGAGAAGAGCUGUGUGUGGUGCAGGCCCAAAUUCCAAAUCAGUCCUGUCCAAACACAGUCUGGAAAAUUGAUGAUAUAAUUAUGGAAUGGCAUCAGGAAAAUAAAGACAAGCUUGGAAGUAUGGGAAAAAGCUUUGAAUGCACUACAUUUGGAAAACUGUGUCUUCUUAGUACAAAUUAUCUUUUAAGACAAAAACCUCAUAAAUGUGCCACGCAUGGAAAGAGUUUGAAAUAUAUAGAUUUCACUAGUAAUUAUGCUCGAAAGAAUCCUAAUGGAUUUCAGGUACAUGGAAAAUCAUUCUUCCAUUCUAAACAGGAGCAAACUGUUACAGGAAUAAAAUACUGUGAAAGUAAUGAAUCUGGAAAAGCUGUCGAUAAGAAAUCGCAAUUUAUGUGCCAACAAGUGUAUAUGGGCGAAAAUCCCUUUGGAUGUAGCUAUUGUGAGAAAGCCUUCAGCAGCAAGUCAUACCUUGUAGUGCAUCAGCGAACUCAUGCAGAAGAGAAACCACCCUAUGGGUGUAAUGAAUGUGGGAAAGACUUCAGUAGUAAAUCAUACCUCAUUGUACAUCAGAGAAUUCAUACAGGAGAGAAACUGCAUGAAUGUGGUGAAUGUGGGAAAACAUUCAGUUUCAAUUCACAACUUGUUAUACAUCAGAGAAUCCACACAGGUGAGAAUCCCUAUGAGUGCUGUGAAUGUGGGAAAGUCUUCAGUAGGAAAGACCAGCUUGUUUCACACCAGAAAACUCAUUCAGGACGGAAACCAUAUGUGUGUAAUGAAUGUGGGAAAGCUUUUGGUUUAAAAUCACAGCUCAUUAUACAUGAGAGAAUUCAUACAGGAGAGAAACCAUAUGAAUGCAAUGAAUGUCAGAAAGCCUUUAAUACAAAGUCAAACCUUAUGGUACAUCAGAGAACCCAUACAGGGGAGAAACCUUAUGUUUGUAGUGAUUGUGGAAAAGCCUUUACGUUCAAAUCACAGCUCAUUGUACAUCAGGGGAUUCACACAGGAGUAAAGCCCUAUGGGUGUAUUCAUUGUGGGAAAGCAUUCAUUUUGAAAUCACAGCUCAUUGUACAUCAGAGAAGUCACACAGGAGUGAAACCUUAUGUAUGCAAUGAAUGCGGCAAAGCCUUCAGGAGCAAGUCUUACCUUAUUAUACAUACAAGGACUCAUACAGGAGAAAAACUCCAUGAAUGUAACGAUUGUGGGAAGGCCUUCAGUUUUAAAUCACAGCUGAUUAUACAUCAGAGGAUUCAUACAGGAGAGAACCCCUAUGAAUGCCACGAAUGUGGGAAAGCCUUCAGUCGGAAAUACCAGCUUAUUUCGCACCAGAGAACUCAUGCAGGAGAGAAGCCUUAUGAAUGCACCGACUGUGGAAAAGCUUUUGGUUUAAAGUCACAGCUUAUUAUACACCACCGAACUCAUACAGGGGAGAAACCAUUUGAAUGUAGUGAGUGUACAAAAGCCUUUAAUACAAAGUCAAACCUGAUUGUACAUCAGAGAACUCAUACAGGAGAGAAACCCUACGGUUGUAAUGAAUGUGGAAAAGCCUUUACGUUCAAAUCGCAGCUUAUUGUACAUCAAGGAGUGCACACUGGAAUAAAGCCCUAUGGAUGCAGUCAAUGUGAAAAAACCUUUAGUUUGAAGUCCCAGCUCAUUGUACAUCAGAGAAGUCACACAGGAGUAAAACCAUAUGGAUGCAGUGAGUGUGGGAAAGCCUUCAGGAGCAAGUCAUACCUUAUUAUACAUACGAGAACUCAUACAGGAGAGAAACCACAUGAGUGCAGGGAAUGCGGGAAAUCCUUUAGUUUCAAUUCACAACUCAUUGUGCAUCAGAGAAUUCACACUGGAGAAAAUCCCUAUGAAUGCAGUGAAUGUGGAAAAGCCUUUAAUAGGAAAGACCAGCUCAUUUCCCAUCACCGAACUCACGCGGGGGAAAAGCCUUAUGGGUGCAGUGAAUGUGGGAAAGCUUUUAGCAGCAAGUCAUACCUAGUUAUACACAUGAGAACUCAUUCAGGUGAGAAACCAUAUGAAUGUAAUGAAUGUGGGAAAGCCUUCAUUUGGAAGUCACUACUCAUUGUACAUGAGCGAACUCAUGCAAGGGUAAACCCUUAUAAAUGCAGUCAAUGUGAGAAGUCCUUCAGUGGGAAGCUACGCCUUCUUGUACACCAGAGGAUGCACACAAGAGAGAAACCAUAUGGAUGCAAUGAGUGUGGAAAAGCCUUCAUUAGGAAUUCUCAGCUCAUUGUACAUCAAAGAACUCAUUCAGGAGAGAAACCCUAUGGGUGCAAUGAAUGUGGGAAAACCUUCUCUCAAAAAUCAAUUCUCAGUGCACAUCAGAGAACACAUACAGGAGAGAAGCCUUGUAAGUGCACUGAAUGUGGGAAAGCCUUUUGUUGGAAGUCACAGCUCAUUAUGCAUCAGAGAACUCAUGUAGAUGACAAACACUGAUAAUUUUAUGAAACUCCGGAAAGUGAAUUCACAAGAAAUCACAAAAUCAUAUAUAAAGAGAAACUCUGUAAGUGGAAUCAUCUUGUCGUCUUCCAGAAAACUCAUACUGAAUAGAAACUUCAUGAAUACACAGCAUAUGGAAAGGCAUCUACAGAAAGCUGUUCUUUACAUGCAGAAAAAAUAGUAGAAAAUACACAGAAAACUGAAAAUUCUCAGCAGCAAGUCAUACCUUUUUUAAAAAGUUCAUACGGGUGAGGAACUAUGUUAAACAAAUGUAAAGUCAUUUAUUAACAUAAGAUUCACAAAGAGUAAACUUCAUGAACCAGAUGAAUAUAGAAUAGACUUCUUUGAAAUUCAUAGUUUACAGGAUUUUAAUGAGAGAAAUUAUUGAGCUAAUGAAUAGCAGAAUUAACAAAAGUACAAACAUUUUAUGUAUCGGAAGCAUAUACCUUGGAGGAACCAUGCUGUAAGGGAAAGUUUAAAUCUGGAAAUGACAAACUCCUAGGGAAAAAAAAAUAUAUAUAUAUAUAGGAGUGAACAUCUAUGAAUGUACCAAAUAAGCCACAGCUGGACUGUUAACCUCACCUUGUAUGAGUAGCUUCAUUCUAAAAAGAAACCCCAACCUAUUAUUAUGUUUUAAUAUUAAUUUUGAAGAAUGAUUUCCUUUAGGAAUCAUUUUAAGAGAAAUUUUAUUCCAGGUGUUCCAAAUUUUCAGGAAAAGAUUUGAGAAAAUUCUAAAUUAUAAGAUACAGAUUAUUUCAUUGUACAAGUGAAUCUAGUAAGGAGGUUAACAAUAAGAAGUUACAUACCAGAGCCUACAGGGAUAUUUAGAUACCUUCCUAUGUGUACUGCAUAAUACGAAUUUUGCAGUUUGGCAUUUUACUUGUGAAUGCCGUAUGUGCGACAAAAUAUCUUCCAGAGAUUUCUACUCUGCAUACCAACAUUGUUUGUUUGUGGCUUACCAAAUACAACUUGUUACUGGAAUGACUUAGUAAAAAUGCAUUUCCACACUGUAAACAUUUUCUUGUGGUAUCUUCUGCCCUUUGGAAGCAGCCUUGGCAGCAGCCUCUUUAGUUAUAGUAAUCAAUAUAAGGCACACUUCAUGUGUUUGUGUAGCCUGGAAUCUAUUCUACCGUCACUGGUUAGAACGUCUUGAUUUCCUCUUAGAGAAACAUUCCCUCACAGUAUAUGCAGCCAUGAUGGAACCACCAUUCAAGAUGCCCUGCCAGGGACUUGGCAUGAGCACUGUUGUCAGCUGAGGCUCAGAACUGUACAUUGUUAACAGGUUUUUCAGGUUCAGAAAAAGCAACAUGAGCUUUUGUUCUAUGGUAGCAUCUUGAUUUAAUAAGUAGCUAUUUCAGUAGAGGUUCCUAGAACAGCUUUUGUUACUGUCAUUUUCUUAACCUUGUUCACUUGUAUUUUAUUUUGAACUAUUGGGUGUGCUUUUAAUAUAUUCCUUGUUGGAUUGCAUUAGCCAUUGUGUAUCUGUUGCAUACAGCUUACUAAAUCAGACUGCUUCAGAAAUGGGUGGUAGAGAGAGGUGUAGGCAGAAGCUUGCAAGGAUAUGUGGAUAUUUGGAAACGGCUGUUUCCCAAGACAGGAUGGAAGUCCUUCAAGUCUCCAUUUAUAUUCCACAGCAGAAACUUGGCCCAUGCUAUGAAGUCAUGAAAUGAAUUGUUGGCAUCAUGUGCUCACUGAGGCUCUGGGGAAAUGGAUAAGUUGUCACUGAAAAAAUUUAAACAAUUCUGGAGUGUGA